AUGGUCCAACUGUCCACCUAUAGCUGCAGUACCCUUGCAACAGUGCUCGUUGCCAUACUCCUGUAUCCCUAUUCCAGACACAACCAGAGGCGUGUUGCUUCCGCCAGAGCCCUUCAAGCCAGAUACGAACGUCUGCUGCAAGAACCACCGGUUGCUGAAUCAUCAUCCUCUCCGUUUUUCCAACAUGGAGUGGCAUCCUUUGAUCCAUCCUCCAACCAAGUCAUUCUGUGGACUCGUGUCACGGAUGCUACCUUGCCAUCGCAACUCUCCGUCGUUUGGACUCUAGCAACUGAUGAAGCAUUUUCCUUUGUGGUGGAUUCCUCCAUUGCCACCACUACGGCCGAUCAAGACUACACGGUUCGAGUGAAUAUUAAUGGUGGAUUGCAGCCCUACACUUUUUACUACUACAAAUUCACUUACUGUCCUAGUACUGGCAGUUCUGGUUGCGUGGACUCCAUCACGGGACGGACCAAAACGGCUCCUGCCGUUCCUCCUGCUUCCGCUGAUGCCGCCGCUGCUGAUGCUGCUGACGUUCCGGCACAAGCAAUAUUUCCACAGAUUCGCUUUGCGACUGUUUCCUGUGCGACGCUGCAGUGGGGUUGGUUCCAUGCCUACGAGCAAAUUGCCCGUCGCGACGAUGUGGAUGCCGUCUUGCAUUUGGGGGAUUACAUUUAUGAACAUGCACCGGGAGAGUAUGGGGAUAUCCGGGAUCACGAACCACCCAAGCGGACCGUUACCUUGUCCGAUUAUCGCAUACGAUAUGCACAGUAUCGAAGGGAAGAAUCCUUGCAAAAACUACACCAACAGUAUCCUUUCAUUACGUUAUGGGAUGACCACGAAUUUGUCAACAAUGCCUGGACAUUUGGAUCUCCAGAACAUGACCCAGAAACAGAAGGAGACUAUGUGGAUCGAAAACUUGCAGCAGUGCAAGCAUACCGUGAAUGGCUUCCCUUUCGGGAGAGAGCCGAAGGUGAAAGCUUGGAUGGGGAUGAGUCUUAUGACGAUCUAGUAGACAAUGACGACAACAAUGAUCGCAAAAGACGGCUCAAUGAGGAGGAAUCAGUGUCAUACCCGAUCACCCCCGAUUUGCCGUUUGGUGUCUCCCGAAAACUUCAGUAUGGUAACUUGAUUGACAUUAUCGUUAUUGACAAUCGCAUCCUUCAUCGAGAUGAGCAGCGUGGAGCAUUUGACGGAGGAAACGCCAUGUUUCUUCCUAGCUACUACGACACGGAUCACGACAUGGUGGGCGAAGAACAAAAGAUUUGGAUCAAACGGAAUCUCAAAAGAUCCAAAGCAAAGUGGAAGAUUCUGGCACAGACGGUUCUACUGUCCCCCGUCUCGCUUGCGGGACUGUUCUCUCACAGUAGCGAAGGAUGGGAUGGAUACCACGCAGACAGGGCGGAAUUGAUGGAUCAUAUUGCCGACAAUCACAUUGACAAUGUUGUGAUACUUGCAGGGGAUAUUCAUGCCACCAUCAUUUCGGAUGUUCCCAAAGAAAAAACGGGAGAUUUGCAAACAUGGGGAGAUUGGUUGGUGCGCUGGCCAAGGGCAUUUCUGUCAAAAAAGUACACAUCCAUUGCGGUGGAGUUUGUCGUUACUUCGGUCACGUCAAUUACUCUUAUUACAGAGAACGCUGGUUUCAUCCCGUUUGCCGAGGAAAUUGUUGAUUGGCUAUUUGCAGGCCCCGGUCUCGGCAUUAACCGGCAUGGACAAUUCAUUGAAACGCUCAACUGGGGCUACCAAAUAAUUGACUUUCAACCUGAGAAGGUGCAAGCCGAUAUUUACUUUACUGGCGAUCCAAAGCAAGAAGUCGACGAUAGGCCCGAUGCAAAGAGGUAUCAAAGGUCAUACUUCAGUUUAGAUGGGGACAACUUUGUUCAGCUGAGCUACGAACCAACCGAGCCACUGGAUGGUGGAUCCCAAUACUAG